UAGCCUCUACCACAGCAGUCGACAGUCGGCUAGUGCCUAGUGCACGCCGACAAGUCCCCGCGCACGCCAGUCGGCAUUGGGCAGUGCCCGACAGCACGCCCGAGCAUCAUGUGCCGUCAGAUUCCCCGGUAGCACCCAAACGGUACCAGUUCUCGCCAAACAGCAUCAGUUCACGCGUCGAAGUGCUCAGUCGCCUGUCUGCGGUGCCAGUCGCGCCCGACAGUGGCCAGUUGCCAUGCCAUGAAGUCAGUCGACCGUCGGCGAUGCCCAGCAGCAUCCGAGGGUUGUUCCAUGAAUACGCGCAUUGCGCCAGUCGCACGCCAGCGCUCAAGGUCAUGUCCAGUCGGUCCAGGAUAACGCCUGUUGUGCCCAGCGAG